AUGAACGCACGCGCUGAAAGUGACGAUGGACUCAUCGUUUACGCGUGCUAUGCAAAUACUUCGUUGAUGGGGCUCCUUUCGGAAGUUUGCACAAUACUGAAGGGAUCUCUGGAUGAAUACUACGGACCUGAUUGUGCGCCUCCUCUGAAAAUUCGCUGCAUUGCGACGACGCCGACUGUUGUUCAGGUCAUCCUUGACCAAGAUAUCGAUUACGAGUACACGAAAAAUGGUGGGUGA